AUGGAUUUCACUCAAAUAAUUAGCGAUUCUUUUAGUCUUAUUAUUAUUUCGAUGUGUUUAUUUUUAAAAAUACCUCAAAUUCGUAGUAUUAUUAGUUUGAAAAAUGCCAGGGGAAUUAAUAUAUACGGAUUAAUCAUGGAACUUGGAAGCUAUACAACAACUGCAUUGUACAAUUAUGUCAACAAAUAUUCACCUCUUUCUUAUAUGGAAUAUCCUGUCUUGAUAGCACAGGAAUAUGUGCUAAUUUAUCUGGUGUUGUAUUAUCAAAACUUAAUUGGAAUUAAGGUAGUUAUCACUACAAUUUUAUAUUUUGGUCUCGCAAUAUCUUUUCUACUGAAAGUACUUGAUCCAAGUAUUUUAACACUUAUUGUACCCUUUUGUACACCUGUUUCUUUAUCAAGCAAGGCAAUUCAGCUAUGGGAAAUAAAGAGAAAACAAAAUGCUGAUUCAGUUAGUGUUACUACAUGGGUUAUAUCAGCCUUAACCAAUGGAAGUCGCAUAUAUACAAUACUAAUGGAUUCAAAAGAUAUUCUGCUAUUAACAAACUUUACACUUUCUACAGUGAUGAGUGGGACUAUCGCACUGACUGCUUACAUAAUGCAGCAUAAAAAGAAACAGUCUUAA